AAUGGUGGCGGCGGGAGCGGCGGGCGGGCCCCGCGGCCCGGCGGGGCCCAGCGCCGUUCCCCGCGGGUGGCAGCGGGUGAGCAGCCGCAGGCGGGCGGGCAGGACGGCCGGGAGGAUCGACGUGUGCUUUGUCAGCCCCGAAGGGAAGAAGCUGAGGUCGAAACGAGCGCUUGUGGAGUAUUUUCAGAAAACUGGGGAGACAACACUGAAAGCAGCAGAUUUUGAUUUCACAGCUCCUCGGGGAAGCACACGCUCGGGGGUGAGGGGAUGCAGCACAAGAGCUGCGAGGACUGACCUGGAGAAGGACGAUUGUCACAGCCAAGUGCAGGAGCUCUGUGCGCAGAAUGGGUCCAAGGAUGGAAUUGAGAACAUCCACACUGGGAAUGGACACCUGGAAGAUGUUACAUCCACUUUGGAGAGCACAGAUUUGGUCAUGGAUAGCACAGACCCAGAGAAGGGUUUGAAAACAAAAAGGAAGGGGGCAGGUGGGAAAAGUGUCCAGAGUAGAAAACCUGCGAAGAGCUCAGAAAGGAGGAACCAAGGUGACCCCCAGAGCAAGAGGCAGAGAAGAGUCUGUAGCACACGGCAGAUCGAGUGUGUUCAGAACAAGAGGUUCUGUAGACAGACAGACAGGAGUGGGGUUGACAGCCAGGGUGUGGGUGAUGCGAGUGCUGAGCCUGUGGGUGCAGGCAAAGCUCUGUCAGCAGUGUCCAGGGCACAGGCAGGCACACGGCUGAGGUCAGUGGCUGCUGGCUCGCAGAGGGACCUGGGGCACCUGCCAGAGGAGGGUCCUGUGGGGACAGGCUCCAGUGACCCAGCUGAGGAGAAAUCCCAUGGACUGGAGACAGGGAAGGAGCCAGAUGGGGGGCCUGUGGGUAAGCAGGAUGUUAAAUCCAACACCGAGGCGGAUGCUGAGCUGUGGGACAGGACGAGCUGCACAACUGUCAGAGGGGCACCAGAAGAGUCUGUCCCACGAACACAAGUGGAGAGAAGGAAAACAAGUCCAUAUUUUUCCAGUAAAUACAGCAAAGAAGCCCCCAACCCACCCAGAAGGAAAGCCCUCAAAAAAUGGACCCCUCCACGUUCUCCUUUCAAUCUGGUCCAAGAAACGCUCUUCCAUGAUCCAUGGAAGCUUCUCAUUGCCACCAUAUUUCUCAAUAAAACUUCAGGGAAAAUGGCAAUUCCAGUGCUCUGGGAGUUCCUGAAGAAGUACCCUUCUCCUGAGGUAGCCAGGGCUGCAGACUGGAAAGAGAUGUCAGAGCUGCUCAAACCUCUCGGCCUCUACGAACUCAGAGCCAAAACCAUCAUCAGGUUCUCAGGUGAGUACCUGAGCAAGCGGUGGCGGUACCCGAUCGAGCUGCACGGCAUCGGCAAGUACGGCAACGACUCCUACAGGAUCUUCUGCGUCAACGAGUGGAAGGAGGUGCAGCCACAGGACCACAAGUUGAACGUGUACCACGCGUGGCUGUGGGAGAACCGGGAGAGGCUGAGCCUCGACUGAGCCUAGCCGAGCUGGGGGUGCCCCAGCCCCUCCGCCUUUCCUCGGGUGUCCUCACGGUUCUUGGUGUAGAUAUUUGUGUGAUGUCCUGGCUCGGGUCAUCGCUGUAAUGACAAGUGUCUGAUCUGUAUUUUUUUAAUAAAGGUGUCCCUGGUUGUAGUGCCUGUC